AUUAACAGAUCCCAGAAACAAGCUGUCUUAAGACUGAGCGAACUGGGAUACUUGCACAGCGUUGUGCGAAAAGGAUUAGAAAGAAUGUCUGUAACUGGUGCUGGUAGAGUCACUGACAGUUUUGUCGCUGCAUUGCACAAGGAAUUGUCAGAAUAUUACAGAUUCAUAGCCAUAAUGCAAGAGGAAGUGAAUAGAUCUCAAAAUCAAAUGGUAACGUAUGGAGUUACAUUGUCCCAUUUACAUCUUUGGGCAUGCGAUCCUCUGGAAACUCUCAAGUGGUUAGCGAGUAUAGUGAAAGCUUGCCAAGGCCAAAAAGGUGGUGCACUGGCAUCCACUGUCUACGAAUUCAGCUAUCACGGGGACGCCGCUGUGAAAAAUUUAGUCAAAAGAGUUUUGGAGAGUGUUUGCAAUCCCUUGUACAAUAUGCUAAUGAGAUGGAUCGCUGACGGAGAAUUGGACGAUCCGUACAAAGAGUUUUUCAUUCAAGCGUGCAAUGAUGUUAGCGGCGAUAGAAUGUGGCAUGAGAAGUAUCAAGUGAGAAAUUCAAUGGUGCCGUCUUUUCUUAGUAAAGCACAAGCAAACAAGAUUCUAGGAACGGGAAAAAGUAUCAAUUUCUUGCGCGAAGUUUGUAAAGACUUCUCACCGUGGCAAGAUAGGCAUGCAGAUAUGUUCAAAAAUAGCGACGAGGAAUAUAAUGUUGAAAUCUUUUUCGACAUGGAUCCAGACGGUCGUUUGCAAACUAUGAUGGAUGCCGCUUAUAAAGAAACUUCAGCAAGAGUUGUUGAAAUAUUAACAAAACAGUAUCAUCUUAUGGAUCAUUUGCAGGGGAUUAAGGGAUAUCUGUUGCUUGGUCAAGGCCAUUUUAUUCAACAUCUUAUGCACUUGUUAGAGCCUGAAUUAGCUAAACCAGCGAGCUCUUUAUAUCCUCAUAAUAUAUCGUCUAUACUUGAAACUGCGAUAAGAGCAACCAGUACAAAGUUAGAUGAUUUAGAUGUGCAAAAACGUUUGGACGUCAGAUUGUUAGCACCUUCGGAAAGUGAAACAGGAUGGGACGUCUUUAUUCUAGAUUAUAAUGUCGAUGGGCCUAUAGGAACGAUUUUGGAGCCAUGCAGACAGACGUAUCAAACGGUUUUCUUUGCCUUGUGGAAGGCAAAGAGGAUGGAGUCGAUUUUAUCUGCUAUUUGGAAGCAACAGACAACGUCAGCGAAAAUGUUCAGAAAAAUGCCGGAAGUUUUGCCUAUUCAGAAUCACAUUCAUCUAAUUACUAGUAGCAUGGUCCAUUUAGUUCAUCAGAUGCAAUAUUACUUUUUAUUUGAGGUAAUCGAAUGCUCUUGGGAUACGUUUGCGAAGCAACUCCUCCAGGCGUCGUCUCUUGAUGAUAUAAUUGCAGCUCACAGUCAUUUUGUUGAUUCUGUAAGACAUGGUACAUUAUUGGAUGAAAAAUCGCAAGAACUUAUGGAUCACUUACGCUCGGUCUACAGUCCAAUACUGGACCUUCAGAAUCUUGAAGAAACUUUCCUCGCACGUGCGACUCAGGAAUAUGAGGCGAGAUUGAAUGCCGAUAAUUGUGGGAAUACGAAAAAAUGGGGCCGUACAAAUAAAAAAGAUCAAGAAGUUGUAGAAAGGGAGGCAGCAUUCUCAAAAUAUCUAAACACACUUUCAAUACAAUUGAGACUACUUUCUAGAACCUAUCAGGAUCGUGUGAAAAAAUUUUUAUUAAUGCUUGCUUCCGCUGAAGAUGUGUCGCUGCAGUUACUUAGUGUACGAUUAGAUUUUAAUGAAUACUACAAGAGUAAAGAUAGCCGACUAGUUGUGCCGUUAACAUAUCAACAUCGCAGACAAAGUGAUCAGACUUUCUUCGGAUGCAAGUGACAAUUGGCAGCGGAAAAUUUGUCAGAAACCUCCGAUGAUUCAAGUCACCUUUCAAAUAAAUGCUGUACCUCAGCCGAGCAGAAUUCAUCUGAUGUUAAUAACCAUACUCAUCCAAAAUGACGACAGAUGUCAAUCACUCUGUCGCUUUGCACAAAGAAAGGUGUAGAACCAAUUUGAGAAACGCCGAGCUAAGUAAACGAACGUUUAGAUUAUUUUUGGAAAAACAGAUAUUAUCACACGUGGAGGUAGAGAUUCAGAAAAAUAUCCAAGAGCCUCAAAGCCCGUUAACACCUAAUUUUCAUUUUGACGAAAGCGACCUUACUUUGAGCAAGAUGCGAUUAACGCUUUCUCCGUUUCAGACAAUUAUAUCAGAAACGAAAUCGUCCAUAAAAAAUAAUUUAACCUUACCGAACUUAGAAGCUAAAAUGUGCUCUAGUAAUAGAGCUGUAAAAAUAACUAAUACAAUCGUAAAAAGUGACGGUGGUUCUAAUAUUAAUGUUUACGAGAAUCCCUUUCAAAACAAAUCAAAAGUUUCCACUUAUACCGCACCUGUGUCUAAUCAAAAUACCUCAAAUUCUAAAAUGAACACAGCAAUUGAUAAGCAAUCUAACUAUGCACUGAUGUAUGAUAACAGUCCAGAAUGGUUUCAAGAUAACGAGACUGUAUCAGUUCAUGGUUCUCUGUUAAGUGAAACUAUUUCGGACAUUAGCGUGUACAGUAAUUCAGACUUGAGAAGAAAUACUAAUCGCAAACGGUGUCGUUGGAGACGCAUACUUUUUUGUUGUGUCAAUUGAGUUUGACAUUUACAUCAACUGUACAUCGAUAAUCACAAAAUUUAUUUGAGAAAAAGACAUCUGUUUGUCUAAAAUUGAUAUGUAUGUUCUUUUCUUUUUUUUUUUUUAUUUCUUUAGAAAAUUAUAUGUAUAUAAUCCAAUAUAUGCGCUUGGAUUAAUAAUGACAUUCAUUAAUAUUAAUAUGAUCUCUGUAUUGAUAAAUGUUUACUUAUGAAACACGUCUUCUACUAUUUCUGCACUGUUUGCCGUAUUUAUACGAAAUGUUAAUAUUUUAAAUCUUGUGAUUAUUAGAAAAUGGUAUGUCCAAAGUAUAAUUCACAACCUACAAUGUUCAGUAUUGAAAAAGAAUUAAAAUUUAUAUUUUUCACUGUACAAUUGAGUAGUAUAAAGUGGUACCUUUCUGCCAUUUAAUCUUAAGAUAGUAGUAUUGUUUUUAUUUUUCUGUUACAAUAUAUAUAUUUUUGACGUAAUAGAAAAUAUCGUUAUAUAGUUUCAAUACUUUCAUUAUCUACGGAUUUAAUAGAAAUAUUACACAUUGAUAUAUACAUUUUAUUUUUGCAGACUUUUCUUAUUAGACACAAAAGUAUACAUUCUUUUUAAGUACACAUAGACUAUACAUACAUUGUUUAUCACUUAUAAUCAUUUGCCAUAUUUAAUAAGUUACAUUUAACAUAUUUAUUUAAUUCCUUGCCAUAUUAGAAAAUUAAUGCUCUUCAGAAAACAAACUAUUUUUAUAUUAUUGAAAAAUGUAUUAUUAUGUAUUUAAUAUAUUUAUAAAAUAAAUCCAUUAGAUUACCUUUUUCUUAACUGCAACGUUCAGCAGUAUAAAAUGCAAGUUGUUAUUUAGAUCAUGAAAUAAAAUAAAGUAUAAUGAAUUAAAAAA